GUCAUUUUCGAGACUCCACAAUCUUCGUCUGUGUCUACUGCUGACUCAAACUCCAACACGCUUCUCAUUAUUUUCUUCUUCUUUACCUUUGAGCAGAGGCAGAGGCAGAGGCAGAGCAGCACUCUCAACGAAGGCAGCAACGGACAUGGUGAAGGCGAUCAGAGUUCACGAACUCGGUGGAGCUGAGGUUCUCAAGUGGGAGGAUGUGGAAAUUGGUGAACCAAAAGAAGGCGAGGUUCGGGUGAGGAACAAAGCCAUUGGAGUUAAUUUCAUCGAUGUCUACUUUCGCAAAGGAGUUUACAAAGCCCCCUCUUUACCCUUCACUCCAGGUAUGGAAGCUGUUGGGGUUGUGACCGCUGUGGGUGCUGGACUCACUGGUAGGCAGGUUGGAGAUCUUGUAGCUUAUGCAGGUCAACCAAUGGGCUCAUAUGCUGAAGAACAAAUACUUCCUGCAAAUAAAGUAGUCCCUGUCCCUUCGUCCAUUGACCCAACUAUUGCAGCAUCCAUCAUGUUGAAAGGCAUGACAACUCAGUUUUUGCUUCGGCGCUGUUUCAAGGUUGAACCUGGUCACACAAUUCUUGUUCAUGCUGCAGCUGGUGGUGUUGGAUCCCUAUUGUGCCAGUGGGCAAAUGCUCUUGGCGCAACUGUAAUAGGAACUGUAUCCACUAAAGAGAAGGCGGCUCAAGCCAAGGAGGAUGGCUGCCAUCAUGUUAUAUUUUAUAAAGAAGAGGAUUUUGUUGCCCGCGUCAAUGAGAUUACGUCAGGCAAUGGAGUGGAAGUAGUCUAUGAUUCUGUAGGAAAGGAUACCUUUGAGGGAUCUUUGGCUUGCUUGAAGCUUAGGGGCUACAUGGUAAGUUUUGGGCAGUCAUCGGGUGCACCUGAUCCAGUCCCAUUAUCUUCCCUGGCAGCAAAAUCUCUGUUCUUGACAAGGCCCACCCUAAUGCAAUAUGUUGUCACUCGGGAUGAGCUAUUGGAAGCUGCUGGAGAGGUGUUUGCAAAUGUUGCUUCUGGUGUCUUGAAGGUUCGUGUUAAUCAUACUUACCCAUUAUCUGAUGCAGCAAAAGCACACGAAGACUUGGAGAAUCGGAAGACAUCAGGAUCUGUUGUGUUGAUACCCAAUGCUCUCAGUUCUGUGUAGGUGUUGUACACAUUCCCUGUUUGAUUCCUCUUGAAAAGAACUAUAGAUUGUGAUUGCUGUUGCAAAUGAAUGUUAUUCACUAUAAAUCAUGGUACUUAAAUAAUGAUUUGGCUAAAGUAAUCUUCCCAUGUUAUCUUGUUUCCUA